GGGGAGAGCAACGCUGAGGGAGUAGGGCGGCAGGGCUGCUUGCUGAGGAGGAGGGGAGUUGCUGAAAUACCUCAAUCCUAUUAGUAUUUUCAUCAAAGGGAUCAGACGGGAAUCUCUUUAAUUUAUUGCUUGCUGAGUGUUCUGUCUGGUGAAAGCCAUGUCAUCCAUAUUGCCAUUCACUCCACCAGUUGUGAAGAGACUUCUGGGGUGGAAAAAAUCUGCUGGUGGCUCUGGAGGGGCUGCUGGUAGUGAGCAGAAUGGUCAAGAUGAAAAGUGGUGUGAAAAAGCAGUGAAAAGCUUGGUCAAGAAGCUAAAGAAAACAGGACAGCUGGAUGAGCUUGAGAAGGCAAUUACCACUCAGAAUUGCAGUACAAAAUGUGUGACAAUUCCAAGCACUUGUUCUGAAAUUUGGGGACUGAGUACACCAAACACGAUAGAUCAGUGGGAUACAACAGGCCUUUACAGCUUCUCUGAACAAACCAGAUCUCUCGAUGGACGUCUACAGGUAUCUCAUCGUAAAGGACUGCCACAUGUUAUUUACUGUCGUUUGUGGCGCUGGCCAGAUCUUCAUAGUCACCAUGAACUUAAAGCAAUUGAAAACUGUGAAUAUGCUUUUAAUCUUAAAAAGGAUGAAGUAUGUGUAAACCCUUACCACUACCAGAGGGUGGAGACACCAGUCCUGCCUCCUGUACUAGUGCCACGGCACACUGAGAUUCUAACAGAACUGCCGCCUCUCGAUGACUAUACCCAUUCCAUUCCUGAAAACACUAACUUUCCAGCUGGAAUUGAACCACAGAGCAAUUAUAUACCAGAAACACCACCUCCAGGAUACAUCAGUGAAGAUGGAGAAACAAAUGACCAGCAGUUGAACCAAAGCAUGGAUACAGGAUCUCCAGCAGAGCUGUCUCCUAGUAGUCUUUCUCCAGUUAAUCAUAGCCUGGACUUGCAACCAGUUACUUACUCGGAGCCUGCGUUUUGGUGUUCAAUAGCAUAUUAUGAAUUGAAUCAGAGAGUGGGAGAAACCUUCCAUGCAUCCCAGCCUUCCCUGACUGUAGAUGGCUUUACAGAUCCAUCAAAUUCAGAACGAUUCUGUCUAGGUUUGCUUUCCAACGUAAACAGAAAUGCUACAGUGGAAAUGACAAGGCGACAUAUAGGGCUGAAUGAAGUCCUGUUGAUUUUGUUCAAGUACUACAGAGAAAGGGGAAGGGGAGUACGUCUCUAUUACAUUGGUGGAGAAGUUUUUGCUGAGUGCUUAAGUGAUAGCGCAAUUUUUGUUCAGAGCCCCAACUGUAAUCAAAGAUAUGGCUGGCAUCCUGCAACUGUGUGCAAAAUUCCACCAGGAUGCAACCUAAAAAUCUUUAAUAACCAAGAAUUUGCUGCUCUUCUGGCUCAAUCUGUGAAUCAAGGUUUUGAAGCAGUUUAUCAGCUUACUAGAAUGUGUACCAUAAGAAUGAGUUUUGUUAAAGGAUGGGGAGCUGAAUACAGGCGGCAAACAGUAACAAGCACUCCUUGCUGGAUUGAGCUUCAUCUGAAUGGGCCUCUACAAUGGUUGGACAAAGUAUUGACUCAGAUGGGCUCCCCUUCAUGCCUUUCUGACUUAUCCCACUGCUGUUCUGCUGUUCAAAAUCUGACCAGUGCCUGCUCAAGCAUCUUAAUGUGGAAUGCCUGUGGUACGUAAGGAAUGCGACUUCAUCCCUCUUCUCUUCUGCCAAAGUACUGAUGUCCAAAGUACAUAUGAAAAGUGAAUUUUUUUUUCAGUGAGGCUGUUUUGUAAAAUAAAAUAGUUACCAAGCCGGAAGUACUCAAAUGGAGAUGCUUAAAGUAUGGGUAGCCAUCUGCUUAUCUGUAUUGUCAAGCUGGAAAAACUAUGCAUGUAAUUGGUACCUUAAGUUUGGACUGUGAUUCUGUAACGCUGGGUUCUGAUCUCUCUCUUGUCACUAGCCCUGUCUGAGCUUGAUUUUCAUAGUAUUGCCAAAGCCAAGUAAUCAAAAAUCAGAUAGCUGAUGUAAAAAAACCCAGGCUUAAAAUUUGCUUUUGAGUUGACUUUUGGCAACUUGGGUACACUGAGCUAACAUUUAAGUACCUUUUUCCCUCCAAAGAAAAACCUGAUUUCAUUUUGAUGUUGUUUCAGGGCUGAAGCUUUGAGAACAAUGUCAAAUGCCUGGACUCUCAUGGCUUUAAAUUGUGAGAACUGAUAGUAGAGCAUUUUAUCUGUGUAUUUCCCCCUUACUUUAGUGCAUGUUUCCUAUCUCGAUGGUAAGCUCUCUGCAACAGGCAUUCUCCACUGUUACUUUGGCAUCUUGCAGAGUACUUUGGCUUUCAGGUGCUGUUAUAUAAAUCUAGAGCAGUGAGAGCUGUGGUGUUUUCCUCCUCUUAUUCAGGACAUUAAUUGUGCUUAAUCAGAACUUAACCUCCCUUGAGACUGAUUGCAGGCAAGCAGCAUAAAUAGUUUAAUUUCAGACUACCUGUAUAAUCAGAACAGAGAGGUAAAGUGUGAAUUUGGGGCUCUGAAUUGCUCUCUGGUAGAGAACCUAGGCUGUUGGCUGAGGUGCCUGAUUUAAAUGCAUAAAGUAAGUAAGAAUAUCUGCCUGUCCUGCUUCUGGCCAGGACAGGGUUAAUUUUUGCAGUAGCUAGGACGGGGCAAAGCUAGCACACAGAGGUUAUUCUUUACAACCUCAUGUCAUUUUCUGGGAACAGGGGAAGGGGUCCUUUUGGGGUCAUGUAGCAUGAUGGGUGGGUGGGUAUUGCCAGGCUCUGUGUGGUGAACAAAUCCUGUGUGAAUCGUUCAUCUCCCUCAUACACUUCAGUUAUUAAUAUUGCUGCUAUUACUGUUUGUUUCCUUAUUUCACUGCUGUUUCCAGUAAAUUGUUCUUAUCUCAACCCAUGAUCUUUACCUUUUGUGCUUCCAAUUCUCCUCUCCAGCCUGCCACAGGGGAAAGCGGGAAGUGAAUGAGCAGUGCAUGGUUUGGAGUGUUUCAGUGGGAACACUAAAUUGGAGAAUAUCAUCCCUAAACCAUGACAGCCUUAUUUGGUGCCUAAUUUGGGGCUCAAAGGAUUGAGAUAACAGAUCUUACCAGAGUGGGUUGGAACCAAAUUUGAUCUAAGCAUUUGUUGUAUUAGGUUCAGAGCCACUGGUCACAAUGUUGCUUGGUCUGUUCAUGUGGUUGUGGCACCUAACCCUGUAUACAUUCCUGUGUAUGCAACAUGUGCUCCUCAUGAUGAUUUUCAGAACAGGGAGAGGGAUCAGGAGUGUUUUUUUGAUGUACUGUGUGAUAUUGGUUUAUGACAGAACAUCAAGGACAAUGAGGGUCAUUUGGGAUGUGUCUUCAGUGCUUUCCUUCUGCCCUUACCUUGCAUGCUACUUCUAGGAGUCCUUUAAUAAUUGUACCCAGCCUGUGGGGGGGACAGGGGAGGAUGAAUUUCCCCAGCUUUUCAUCCCCUUUUCCUUCUUCAGGCCUGUUACAACAGGUUUUGAGAAUUUUGAAUUCCUUUUGGGUGUUAAGGAAAGCAUGUUCUUGUUGCUAUGUCUGCCAGGUCUCCUCAGUGAGGUCCAUACCAUGUUUAGACUUACAAGAGAUUUUUAGGAGGGUCUUUCAGAGAUCUACCCUGAGGGUGGAUAAUCAUGAGUGGCAUGGAAGGUGGGAGAAAAUCAGCCAGCUUUUGAAGAACAAUUCUGCUCCAAUGGUUUGGAAGUUCGCGCCUGAACAACCACAGGACCCUGAUAGUGGCGCAGUAUAUUGGAAAGAAAAAUGCUGUGGCAGUUCUAGAGAGGCACGAAGUUAUACAAGGUGCUAGGUCCUGGCUACUAUUUAUUGGACACUGCCCAUUACUAGACAGCACCCUCAGGGGGAGGAGGAGGAGGAGGAAAGCAGACCAACAGGCAGUAUGGCCACUCAAACUGCAGCUGAACCAAAGGUACAACCUGUGCUGGUAGCAGUUGCCCCUGUACAGAAGAAGAAAGCCAAUACAAAAUCAGUUCUUUUAGGGAUGAAGAAGUAGGGCACUCACAGCAGGAGGAAGAGGCAGGGCCAGAGAUAAUAAUCCAUUCCGUAUUCCUGGGUAAACUGCAAGGUAUGCAAAAAGAUUUCAACUGCCAGUUGGGUGAUCCCAUGGUGACCUGGUUGCUUUGAUGCUGGGAUAUCAUGGCCCACAAUAUGAAACUAGAUGGUAGUGAAGCCAAGCAACUGGGAUCCCUGUCCCAGGAUGUGGGCAUUGACCAGGAGAUUGUGAAAAGAAUAGAAACUCAGCCUCUGGAGGCAACUCCUGUAUAUCUUGAGGGAAAGAUACCUUUUCAAGGAUGAUCUAGUAGUGCACCAAGACAGGUGGAACACCAUGGAGCAAGGUAUCCGGCACCUGAGAGAAUUAGCUGUGCUGGAGGUACUCUUUAAGGAUUCAAAUAAUAAGCAAUCCCCUAUAAAUCCAGAUAUGGUCAAGUGUACACAAACCAUGCAGCGAAAAUUCCUAUGGAGAGUACCAUUGUCAUGCAAUCAACUCACUGACAUUGAUGUCAAUGAAAGAAAGAGAACAAAGAGUGGAUAAUUUGAUUACCAAACUCCAGCAAUAUGAAUAAAGUAUCUAUUACCCUAUAUGGGCCUGUGUCUCAUCUGUGUAAAGACUGUCCAAGGACCUCCAUCAAUUUAAAGAGGACUACCAGCAAUUUAAAGAAGUGUCCUAUGCCCUACUAGUACAAAGAGUUUCUGCUAUUGGGAGAAAGUGCCCCCCUGCUCAAGAGAAAGGGUACACACCACAAGGUCACUUGUGGUCUUACCUACAUGGACAUGGAGAGGACAUGAGGAAGUGGAAUGGGAAACCCACCUCUGCCCUAACAGCAUGGGGAUGUGAGCUGAGAGGAAGAACAAGCACUGCAAUAAAUCCUUCAAGGAUAAAUGCUGCUCCAGUUUCCAGUGGGCAAGUCCUCAGACAGAAGAGGAGGAUGUAGUGGUUUGACCAUGGCCAGGUGCCCACUAAGCUGCUCUAUCACUCCCUUUCCCAGUGGGACAGGGGAGGGAGAAUAAGAUGGAAAACAGCUAGGAGGUUUAGAUAAGGCGGUUUACAAAAGAAAAGAAAUAAACAAGCAAAAGUUUGCAUGCACAUCAGCAAAGGGAAAAAUUAAUCUCUACUUCCCAUCAGUGAGCCACUGUUCAGCCACUUCCCUGGAAGCAGGGCUUCAACACAUACAGCAGUUGCUCUGGAAGGCAAACAUUGUAGAAUCAAAAAUACACCCCCACCCCCCCCACCCUGUUCCUCCUCCCUCCCUCUCUCCCUCCCUUAGCUUUUAUAUCUGAGCUGACAUCAUAUGGUACAGAAUAUCCCUUUGGUUAAUUUGGGUCAGCUGACCUGGUUGUGUCCCCUCCCAGAAUCUUGCCCACUUGUUGCUGCAGGGUGUCCCCAGCCGAGUAAUAAUUAGCAUUGACUCAAUGAUUCACAGAAGGCUGAUCAAUCUAUUAUAUAUUAUCAUUAUUAAGAAACCCAUUGCUUUUAUAGACAGUUACGAUACACCUGGACCUAAUUGGUCCUUGAAUCAGACAACUGAAUACCUUUCCUGGUCUCUCAGAGGACCCUUCUGCUGUGGGACUGCUGAGGGUCAAAGAACAAGUAGUACCAAUUGCUACCACAACGGUACACUGUUAACAAUAUCACACCAACCAGGACUUUUUGACCCCCAUCCAUGAGAUGAUUCAUGAACUGGAGAGCCAGGGAGUGGUUAGCAAGAGUCACUCACCCUUCAAUAGCCCUGUAUGACCAGUGUAUAAGUCCAGUGAAGAAUGGAGACUGACAGUGGACUACUGUGGCCUGAACAAAGCCACACCACCACUGAGAGCUGCUGUGCCAGACAUGCUGGAAAUUCAGUAUGAACUUGAAUCCAAGGCAGUGAAGUGGUGCCACCACUGACAUUGCCAAUGCGUUUUUCUCCAUUCCUUUAGCAGCAGAGUGCAGGCCACAGUUUGCUUUUACCUGGAGGGGCAUCCAGUACACCUGGAACCCCCUGCACCAGGGGUGGAAACACAGCCCCAUGAUUUGCCAUGGACUGAUCCAGACUGUACUAAAAAAGGGUCAUGCUCCAGAACACUUGCAGUACAUUGAUGAUAUCAUCAUGUGAGGAACACAGCAGAGGAAGUCUUCGAGAAAGGGGAGAAGAUAAUCCAGAUUGUCCUGAAAGCCAUUUUUUCCAUAAAGCAAAGUAUGGUCAAGGGACCUGCCCACUAAAUUCAGUUUUUAGGAGUAAAAUGGCAAGAUGGGCAUAUUCAGAUCCCAAUAAAUAUGGUCAACAAAAUAGCAGCUAUGUCCCCACUGACCAGCAAGAAGGAAACACAGGCUUUCCUAGGCACUGUGGGUUUUCAGAGGAUGCAUAUUCCAGAUUACAGUCAGAUUAUAAAACCUCUCUUUCACCUGAUCCAGAAGAAGAACAAUUUUAGAUGGGAUCCUGAACAACAAGCCUUUGAACAGAUUAAGCAGGAGAUGGUUCAUGCAGUAGCCCUUGGGCCAUUCAGGACAGGACAAGAUGAGAAAAACAUUCUAUACCACAGCUGGGGAGAAUGGUCUUUCCUGGAGCCUCUAGCAGAAGGUACCUGGAGACACUUGAGGACAACCCCUGGGGCUCUGGAGUUGGGGAUACAAAGGAUCUGAGGCCUGUUACACCCCAGCUAAAAAAAGAGAUCCUAGCAGUUUAUAAAGGGGUUUGAGGUGUUUCACAAGUGAUUGGCACUGAAGCACAGCUGACUUCAAGUGCUGGGCUGAAUGUUCAAAGGGAAAGUCCCUUUUACAUACCAUGCCAUUGAUGCUACAUGGAGUAAGUGGAUUGCUCUGAUCAUACAGCAAAUUUGAAUAGGUAACCCAAAUUACCCAGGGAUCUUGGAAGUCAUCAUUAACUGGUCUGAAGGAGAAAAUUUCAGACUAUCGGAGGAGAAGGAAAAGCUGACUCAUGCUGAGGAAGCCACACCAUAUAAUCAGCUACCAGAAAAUGAAAAGUGAUACACUCUCUUUACUGAUGGUUCCUGCCAUAUUGUAGGGAUACAUAGAAAAUGGAAAGCUGCCGUAUGGAGUGGUAUAUAGCAAGUCGCAGAAACUAUUGAGGGACAAGGAGGAUUGAGUCAGGUUGCAGAGCUGAAAGUCGUCCAACUGGCUUUAGAUAUAACUGAAUUUAAAAAAUGGCCAGCGCUUUACCUCUACACUGACUUGUGGAUGUUAGAAAAUGCUCUGUGGGAGUGGCUAGACUGAUGGAAAAAGACCAAUUGGCAGUGCCGAGGGAAACCCAUCUAGGCUGCUAAAUUGUGGCAAGACAUUGCUGCACAGUUAGAGAAGCUGGUUUUAAAAGUAUGUAAUGUAGAUGCACAUGUACCCAAGGGUCAGGCUACUGAAGAACAUUACAACAAUGGACAGGUGGUUCAUGCUGCCAAGAUGUAUUGUUUUUGCAUUACCUGGUUUUUGGUAUCAGGGAGGCUACAGGGCUGGCUCCUGUGACAAGCUGCUAGAAGCCUCUUCCACAUCCAGCAGAGCCAAUCCCUGAUGGCUCCUAAGAUGAAAGUGCCGCUGGUCAAGGCUGGACCAAUUAGAAAUAGUGAUAAUGCCACUGUGAUAACAUAUUUGAGAAGAAAGAUGAACAAAAGUGGUGGCCCAGUUUUAAUUCCAACCAGAGAAGAGUGGAGUGAGAACAUGUGAGAAAAACAACUUGCAGACACCAAGGUCAGUGAAGAAGGAGGGGGAGGAGGUGCUCUAGGCACAAGAGCUCAGAUUUUUCUGCAGCUCAUGGUGAAGCAGGCUGUCCCCCUGCAGCCCAUGGAGGUCCAUGGACGAUGCAAAGAUCCGCCUGCAGCCCGUGGAGAAGCCCCACACUGGGGCCUAGAGUAGGCUGUAAGCCCAGGGGAGACCCACGGAGAGAGGGGCCCUGCUCCCAUGCUGGAACAGUGUCUUGGGGUGAUUUUGUGAUGAUUAGUCUAUUCCCUGAUAGUCUUUUAUGCCCCAAAAUUAGUACUGUAAUAUUACUGUAACUUUAAGGUA